AUGGCGGAGCUCAAAGAGGGCAGUGAGCAACUUCACCAGGAGGACGUCAAUAUGAAAGACAAUGGGACUGAUACUGGUAAGACGCUUACUGAAUCUGUUGAGGAGAGUGAACAGAUGUCCAGUCAUGAUGCCUCUUCUAAGCCAGUGAAAACAGAGGACAGCAAUGGACAGACAUCUUCCACUGUCACGUCAGAGAGACAUGUGUCUAUCCAAACCACACUGGAAGGUCUUGAGAUGCUUGUGGAUUUGAAUGGAGCCGGGAGGAAAUCAUGUCCAUUGUGUUCAGAAGAGAAAUUUAAGGCCUGUUACAGUCAUAAACUUAGACGACACCUGCAAAAUUUGCACUGGAAAGUUUAUGUGGAAUUUGAAGGCCAAAGGAUGUGCAUCUGCCAUCUGCCUUGUAGACAACUCAAGUCUAGUCUAGGCUCUGACCAGACUCAAAGCAGACUGGUGGCUCACUACCACUGUGUGGUCUGUUCUGUCACUAUCGCUCGCAAGACCGACAUGAUCAGUCAUCUCAAACGCCAUAUCAAUAAGGGUGAGACAGAGGCCAGCUUCUCUGGCAGCUCUGAUGUACCCUUCGAAGAACCCGUCCCAGGUGGACAGGCCUAUGAGAUUAUGAAAGAGUUGGGCACCAAUGUUCAGCUCCUGCCCAACCACACCACACCCCAAAAGACAGACACCUAUUUCAGCCGCAAGAUGAAAACAAACAGGCAGCUCGUAUUCUGCUCUCUCGCGGUUCUAGCAGAGGAGAGGAAUCCACUGGAAUGUCUUGAUGCUUUUGGAGCCACUGGUAUAAUGGGUCUGCAGUGGGCAAAGCAUCUACGUAACUCUGUAAAGGUUACUAUCAAUGACAUAAACGAAGCUUGUGUGAAGAUGAUUAAGGAGAAUUGUCAUCUGAACCACAUCCGAGUGGAGGGGAACCGCACGCCCCGACAGCUAGAAGGAACCGGAGACACAGACUCACCCAUUGCCUCUGUGGAGGUGGUGAAGAUGGACGCCAAUGUCAUCAUGCACCUCAGACCCUUUGACUACAUACACCUGGAUCCCUUUGGAACAUCUGUGAACUAUCUGGACGCUGCUUUUCGGAACGUUCGGAAUCUGGGCAUAGUCUCCGUGACAUCCACGGACACUGGCUCACUUUACUCCAAAUCCUUGAAUGUGACACUUCGACAUUAUGGCUGCCAGAUCGUCAGAACCGAGUACUACAGGGAACUGGCAGCACGUAUGGUGUUGUCCUCAGUAGCGAGAGCAGCUGCACGGUGCAACAAAGGGAUCGAGCUGCUGUUAGCUGUUGCUCUUGAGCAUUUCGUCCUUGUGGUGGUGCGUGUGCUCAGAGGGCCCACCCAGGCUGAUGAGUCUGCUAAGAAACUGCGUCAGCUCUUGCAUUGCCAGUGGUGUGAAGAAAGGGUGUUCCUCAAGCCAGGAAGUAUGGUUGAAGAAAAUCUGUACAGACAGCUGCCCUGCCAGUGCCACGGGAGCAUGCCAGGGAAAACUGCAGUAGAGCUUGGGCCACUUUGGGCUGGUCCUCUGUUUAACACUGGUUUUCUGAGACGGAUGUUAGUGGCGGCAGUGCAUCACAAUAUGGAGGACAUCCAGCCUCUGGUGAAGACCCUCAUCUGUGAGGCUGACUGCACCACUCUCAAGCCUUCCCCUGUCCCAGGACACUCUGCCCUCUCAAACCAAGUGGAGUGUGGUGUGGUAAUAAAAACUUUACAGAAGGUUGAAGAGGCUGAUACUUCUGAGCAGUCAGGGAAAAGAAAGACCACAGGAGAGGAUUGUGGGAAUGUGCUGAAGAAGAUAAAAUCAGACACAUCUCUGGAGCAUCCAGCGUUUUACUACAGCAUCCAUCGGCACAGCAUCCGUGGCAUGAACAUGCCAAAGUUGAAUAAAUUUCUGCAGUAUCUCACAGAGGCAGGGUUCAGAGUGAGCCGUACACACUUUGACCCGACAGGCAUACGGACCGAUGCCACCCUGGCGCAGUUUAAGGAAGUGCUUACAAAAUAUAGCGUGCCCACUUACACGUCCGCCCCCCAAAGCAGCACUAUCAGCUCAGACAGCACCCGACGUCAAACUCUCUGACUUGCAGAUAUUGAUGAAACCAGAAAAAAAAUUUGAGCAAUUUAGUUGUGCUUUGUGAGCCCUUUGGGACAUGCAUUUAAGAGUUUGAGCAGGGCAGAGUUCACCUACUGAUGCUCCAUCUGUGGCUAUUUUUAAUUAGGUGUUUCCUGUUUAUGUUAGAGAUGGGUAUUUGCAAUGAAAAUUGGAUAAGUUCUUGUAACAAUAGCUUCAGCUUGUCAAUGCUAAAAGUUGUUCGUGUUUUUGUUGAUUGCAGUGUUGCUUUGGCCCAUUAUGGGCUUCAUAGUGUUUAAAAAAAUCGGUCUGUGCUGAGAGUAAUGACAGUAUUGAUAUUCUUUGUUUAUUUUGUUUUUUUAAUCUCUAAAAUAUUUAUAAGGACUCUAAGGUUUUAAGAUUCUUGUCUGAUCUGAUUUGUUUUUUGAUUUUUUUUUUAUUCCACUUCAUUUUUUUGCUUCAGUAUUUUAUCAGAUUGCUUACAGUUAUGCUCCAUAACAUCAAUAAAACAUUUCACAUGA